UACGACACGACAGAGCUUCCGAGACACGCGAGACACACUACAGGACUACUAGGAUCUAUGACUUUCGUAAUAGGCUAGAGGGAAGCGAGAAAGAAAGAAUGCGGCAUAUCUCUAGCCUCUGCUGCAGGAACUAUUGACGGAGAACAACUAGAUCUAGAUCUAGAUCUACAUGUACUUACUACCUAACCGAGGCUCAGAGUGGAGCGUAUGUCGACACCACACGCCGCACGCACUGACGAGUGCAUUUUGAACAGUUGCAACAGGAAAGUGGAGAAAGAAGUGGAUCAAUCAAUUCUACACAGCCCUGACCACACAUGAGUAGCAGCACAGGCCAGAGGUGGCGAUAGGGCAGAGACCUCGAUGUUCUUGUGUUGUAAGGGGUACAGCUGGAGGUUAAAGUUCACGGCCCUGCAGUCCUUGUGUUGGACGAGUCUUGCUGGCCGUGAAGGGAAAAUUUAGGGUCGUUAUUAUUUUAUUUGAGAACGCAUACCCCGGGACAAGUAAAACGUGCAUUCUCAAACAGAAAACUGCAGCUUUCGUACCACGGUAUUCAACGAAGCUGACUUGCUUUGAUGGUCUUGAAAGCUCCGCUAUGGAAAUCUGCAAGAUUCAGUCUUGCCAUUUUUGCCUUCUUUGGCUUUCUGAACUUCUAUGCAUUGAGAGUGAAUAUGGGCAUAGCUAUUGUUUGCAUGGUGAACCACACAGCCAUUCAACAUGUUGAGACUAGCAGGCUUAAUGGAAGCAAGUUUAAUGAUGCCCUCCUUGGACAAGGAAAUUCUUCUUCCAAAGAAGCUGUCUGUGAGGGCGAACAGAUAUACAGUUCGUACAAUGAUUCUGUUUGGAGAGACACCAAAGAGGAUGGUGAACUGUUAUGGGAUAAAGCACAACAAGGACUGGUACAUGGGUCGCUGUUCUGGGGAUAUAUCGUGACCAACGUUGCGGGGGGAUACCUAGCCACACGCUUUGGCGGCAAGCAUGUGAUUGGUCUGUCCCUCUUAGUUGCUGCAGUACUUACACUGUUGGUGCCCACGGUAUCUCGUACAGAUUUCAUUGGCCUGCUGGUGCUCCGCUUUAUCACAGGCCUCUCUCAGGGGUUUGUGUCUCCAGCCAUGCAGUCCUUGUGGUCACACUGGGCUCCACCCUUGGAAAGUAGUCGUCUCAGAAGUAUCUCCUUUGCUGGUUCACAGGUAGGGAAAGUCUUGACAUAUCCAGUGACAGCCUUGCUGUGUGAAUAUGGCUUUGAUGGGGGCUGGCCAAGUGUCUUUUAUGUUCAAGGUGCUUUUGGGGUGCUGUGGUUUGUUGCCUGGUUCUUUUGUGUGUACGAUGCUCCAGCGAAACAUCCCCGCAUCUCAGUGGCAGAGAGGAGAUAUAUCGAAGAAAGUCUGAAGGGUAUGAUGCCUGAAGAUGCCAAGGAGAAGCUAAAGACCCCUUGGAUGUCCAUCCUGCUUUCACUCCGCGUGUGGGCCAUAAUCUUAAGCCACGUCUGCAGCAACUGGGGCGAGUAUACAUUUCUCACCAAUAUACCAACAUAUAUGAAAGAGGUGCUUCACUUUGAUAUUAAAAAGAACGGGUUUUUGUCUGCAGUUCCCUACUUAUGUUUCUGGUGUGUCAUCAGUCUGGCCAGCUGUUUUGCUGACCUGGUCCGCACUCGUGGGCUUCUCUCCACAACUAACACCAGAAAGUUAUUCAACUCUAUAGGUAUGUUGGUACCUGCAGCUUUGCUUUUAGGGGUCAGUUUUGUUGACUGUACUCGAUCAUCUACAGCAGUGGUCUUGCUGACCUUGGGAGUGGCUCUCACAGGAUUCCAGUACGGGGGUGGGUUAUACAUGAAUGCAGGGGACAUUGCUCCAAAGUAUGCAGGUGUUAUAUAUGGCAUCUCCAACACCUUCGCAACACUGCCAGGAUUUCUUUCUCCUCUGGCCAUUGGAUACAUUACUAAAGAGCAAACGGCAAAAGAAUGGAGUACAGUCUUCUUCCUGUCCUCUGGGAUCUACGUCAUAGGAGCUUUGAUUUUUCUACUACUUAGCAGUGGUGAUCUUCAACCCUGGGCUGCUACUACUACAGAAGUAACAGUGGAGUUGAAUAACCCAGCACCUGUAGCUGCUUGUGAGAAGAAGUCAGAUCAUGUUCAAAAUGGUGAUGCUGCGCUUGUGGAAGACCUAGUGUUUAGCGAUGUGUACAAGGUGGAUGAAACUAGAUCUCUAACUUCUGAUAUUUCUUCUUGUUGACUUACACAAAUGUUUAUAAUAUUGUAAGUAUGUUGUCCAUUCCACCUUUCUUAAUUUGUUGGCCUUUUCACUCAUGAGUUUCUUACAUUAUUUUGGGGGUAAAUGGAACAAGAGUGAAUUAUUGAAAACAUACUUACAGUCUGGCACAGGUAAUCAUGAACAUUCUGCACAAAAUUAAGAA